AUGUCAGAUACCAAAAAGACCACAGAAACAGAUUCAGAGGUAGGAUACCUCGAUAUAUAUCUUAGAUUCAACGAUGAUAUGGAAAAGGACUACUGUUUCCAAGUGAAAACCACCACCGUUUUUAAAGAUUUAUACAAAGUUUUUAGAACAUUACCCAUUUCAUUACGACCAAGUGUAUUUUAUCAUGCCCAACCUAUUGGGUUCAAGAAAUCAGUCUCUCCUGGGUACUUGACUCAAGAUGGAAAUUUUAUUUUUGAUGAAGACUCACAGAAACAAGCAGUUCCUGUUAAUGACAAUGAUUUGAUUAAUGAAACAGUGUGGCCCGGUCAACUAAUCCUUCCAGUUUGGCAGUUCAACGACUUUGGGUUCUAUUCGUUCCUUGCAUUUUUGGCAUGCUGGUUAUACACCGAUUUACCUGAUUUCAUAAGUCCUACUCCGGGAAUUUGUCUUACCAAUCAAAUGACGAAAUUGAUGGCAUGGGUAUUGGUGCAGUUUGGCAAGGACAGAUUUGCCGAAACUUUACUUGCAGAUUUAUAUGAUACUGUAGGUGUGGGUGCUCAAUGUGUAUUUUUUGGAUUUCAUAUUAUCAAGUGUUUGUUCAUAUUUGGGUUUUUGUACACCGGGGUUUUCAACCCAAUGAGAGUGUUCCGUUUAACACCAAGAAGUGUCAAAUUAGAUGUCACCAAAGAAGAAUUGGUUAAAUUGGGAUGGACAGGUACGAGAAAGGCCACCAUUGACGAAUACAAAGAGUAUUACCGUGAAUUCAAGAUCAAUCAACAUGGUGGUAUGAUCCAAGCACACCGUGCUGGAUUGUUUAACACUCUUAGAAAUUUGGGUGUCCAAUUAGAAUCAGGCGAAGGGUAUAACACUCCGUUGACCGAAGAAAAUAAAUUGAGAACCAUGAGACAGAUUGUUGAAGAUGCUAAGAAGCCCGAUUUCAAAUUGAAAUUGAGUUAUGAGUAUUUUGCUGAAUUGGGAUAUGUUUUUGCCACGAAUGCAGAAAACAAAGAAGGCAGUGAAUUGGCUCAAUUGAUUAAACAAUACAGAAGAUACGGAUUAUUAGUCAGUGACCAAAGAAUCAAAACUGUGGUCAGGGCCAGAAAAGGCGAAACCGAUGAAGAAAAGCCAAAGGUUGAAGAGGUUGUUGAAGAGUAA